AUGCAGCAUUCGUACGUGCAGCGCUACCAAGCGCCUUCUCCGAUGCGCUAUGUGCGUAAGCACCAGCAGGCGUAUCGCCCGCUCCCUCCGCCGUUCGACCCGAGGGAACGUCUUCCAUACGCACCACCGGUUCCGCGUAUGGACUACGGUUAUUAUAGGAGACCGCCGAGCCCGCAUGGAGGCCCCCGUUACUAUGAGCGCCGCGACCUACACGACAACCGCAGGCAGUUCGUGGAUCAGCCCAGACGCCAGAUGGUACCCUACAACAACCGCCGCCGAUUCCCACCAUUUAAGCGCAACCGUGUAGCGCAAAAGGACGCACCAAAAGAGGCGAAAACGAAGGACCAGUUGGAUAUGGAAUUGGACAAAUAUAUGGGCAACGAAGCCAUUAAGAGCCGUCUGGACGACCAGCUGGCCAACUACUUUGCAGAAGGCAACAAGGAAGAAGAGUGA